GCACUUUGUUGGCGAUUGCUGCAACUGUCACUCAGUGUUUCUCUCACUAGUACAAAUACAUCUAUCUCUUUUUCUCUGUUCUCCCUUUGUUUUCCACCUUUUGUGUCCUGGACAAAACCCUAAUCCACCACAAACCCUCCUUUCUCUCUCCAACCCCACAUCAGUCACCACACCACCCUCCUUCACUCUCUGUCUCCUUCCAAGAAUCUAUCCUUACCGUUAUUCUUGGUGGGUGUUUGACUAUGAUCACUACUACACAAUUCCAGUUAUCCUAUUUUUUUGAUUCAAUGAUGCUUGUUUUAAUGGGAUUCUUUGCUUUAUUCAAACUUUAUAAGGAUUGAAUUGAAGUGGGUUUGUGUGUAAUUGUUUGAAUUAUUAUUAAGAAGUUCUAAUAUUUGUGAAUUUGUGUGGGGGUUGAGUUUGAGUUUAAGGGUUUUAGGUUAAUUUGAUCAAUUUAAGCAUGUUUUUAUGGUGUUUAUCGAUUAUUCUGCCUUUGGAAUUCUUGAAUUGAAUUGGGUUUGUGUUUGAUUGUGUGAUUAUUUUCCAGUAAGUUAAUUUUUUUUUUUUUGGUAUUUUUUUUUGGGUUUGAGUUAUAGGGUUUUAGGUUAAUUUGAUAAAGUAAGAGGAUUGAAUUGGUUGAUAUUGUGUAAUGGCGAUGGCGGAAAAUGAGGGUGGCGAUGAUCGUAUGGAGGUUAAUGAGAGUGUGAGUGAUGGUGGUGGCUCAAAGUCACCAUGGAAAAGACCGGUUGAUAAGGGGUCUGAUUCCCCUGUUAUGGGGGCUGAAGCGUGGCCUCCGCUUGCCGAUGCUCAGCGCUCUAAGGUUCCUGAUGCUCCUCUGAAAUUGGAGGGCGGCAAUUCUGGCGUGCAACCCACUUCCAGUAAUGUACAGGGUUCAGCCGGGCAGCCCAAAGCUUCUAAUUCUUCACAUAAGCAUGGGCAAAGCCGUCAUCACCACAGAAGUGGAUCAAAGCGUAACCCGAAUAGUGUGUCUCCUUUCCCUGUUCAUCAUGUACCAUUUCAUCAGCCAGUACUGCCUCAUGUGCUCCCUCCCAUUGUUCCUUCUCCUGUCCCGCAUCCUGGAUAUGGUUACCAGCCAUGUCCACCCCCUUUUCCAGGGGCUGAGAAUCAAAUUUCAAAGGCGGGAAGUGAAACUCCCAUGCAAGGUUUUGUUUCACAAAAUCAUGGUGCUGAUAGAAAUAUACAAUCUCGACGAGGAGAUCCUAAUUUAAAUGGCCCCAACUCCUCCAGCAGAAGACCCAAUGUUCCUGAAGGUGGUGCUCAUCCAUAUCCUUUGUGGCAUUAUCCACGACCAUUUGGCCCUAGAGAUGGUGUCAUGCAGCAAGCUGUGGCAAGGGGUUAUGCACGACCUUUUUUAGGACCAGCUCCAUCAUUUGUAGGCGGACCAAGCUUCCCUUGUGCUGCACCAAUUUAUUAUAUAUCUCCUGGUCCUCCAGGUUCAAUCAGGGCACCAUAUCCACCACAUUUUGCUCCACAUCCUUUGAAUCCUAUGGCAUCUAUGCUACCUCCAGAUAUACUAGCAUUGAGGGACAGCAUAGUAGCGCAGAUCGAAUACUAUUUCAGUGAUGAGAACUUGCAGACUGACCAUUACUUGCUUUCUCAAAUGGAUGAUCAAGGAUGGGUUUCAAUUUCAGUAAUUGCUGAUUUUAAAAGGGUCAAAAGAAUGAGUGCGGACAUACCAUUUAUUCUAGAUGCACUUCAGAGUUCUAGGGCCGUGGAAGUGCAGGUAGACCAGGUAAGAAAACGUGAUAACUGGUCAAAAUAUGUUGCUACUGUCGAGCAUGCAUCUCAAGUAAAAGAUCAGAUGUCCGAGGAUCCAAAUAGCAAUGUGGAUAAUGAUAUGCAUAAUGAAGCUAGAAAGGAUGAUAAAACUGAAGAUAUUGCCAUUUGCUCAUCAAAUAGUGACAAUUUCGCAAACGUAUCUAGAACUGAUGAUAAACUCGAAGGUGAAGAUAGUAGCAGUGCUCAUCACAACAAUGAGAAGGGUGUACAUGAUAGUGAUAAACUAGCUCUGGUUCAUGAACAGCCAUACUUAAAUGAGAAGCCUAGAUCCCAAUCGAGCAUCAAGUAUGCAGCUCCUGAUGUGAGAAGUAGCUUACUCACCAAUUAUCAAUUAAAAGCACCCAAGUCUACAAGAGUUGUUUCUCAUGAAAAAGAAACGAAAGAGCAAUAUGGAUUUGCUGCAAAUCUGGAUGAUCUUUCAUCAGAUUAUUCUGGUAAUUUUUUGCUGGAUGAAGAUCUAGAAAUCGAGCUGAAAAUGCAUAAAAAGGGUUCGCAUAAUUCAUGUAGAAGGAUUGAUGAUGAAGAUGACGAGGUAGUGGUCAAUGAUCAGGAUGUUGAGAGACUUGUCAUUGUCACUCAGAAUAGCAGUGUGCUUGGAGCUGGAAAUGAAGUACAAAAAUCCAAUAGCAUAUCCAAUGAGCUUGCAUCUGCAAUCAACGAUGGUUUAUACUUUUAUGAGCAGGAACUCAAAACAAAAAGGUCUCAUCGCAGAAAGAUAAAUUCUAACAAUGAAAACAAAGAUGGGAGCUCUAGAUCACCAAAUAUCCGAACUGGUGUAAUGAACAUCAGGUCCUCUGAAACCUCUUCUGGUGGUCAUGGGUGUGAUGAGAUUGGAAAUCAUGGUAACAGAAGGAAGCAAAAUAAGGGAUCUGCAAAACAGCAAUCAAGCCACACACAGAGGUUUUUCUCGAGCAAUUUCAGAAACCAUGGAGGUGGUCGCAAUUCCUUAGGAGUGAUAUCAGAAAGUCCUCCUAGUAAAUCGGUUGGAUUUUUCUUCAGUUCUACACCACCUGAAAACCAUGGUUUCAGGUCUUCAAAAUUGAGUGCCUCUCCUCAUGGGAAUGCCGCAGGAAGUAGUCCUCCAGUUGGCUCCUUGCCAAAGUCCUUCCCUCCAUUUCAGCAUCCAAGUCAUCAGUUACUUGAGGAAAAUGGCUUCAAACAGCAGAAGUACCUGAAGUACCAAAAGAAAUGUCUGAAUGACCGAAAGAAGUUAGGAAUAGGUUGCAGUGAGGAAAUGAAUACUCUAUAUAGAUUCUGGUCAUAUUUCCUUCGAGAUGUAUUUGUUCCUUCAAUGUACAACGAGUUCCGGAAAUUUGCUCUGGAGGAUGCGGCUGCUAAUUACCAUUAUGGACUGGAAUGUUUGUUCAGGUUCUAUAGCUAUGGAUUGGAGAAGGAAUUCAGAGAUGACCUAUAUGGGGAUUUUGAGCAGCUCUCUCUCAAUUUCUACAAGAAAGGCAAUCUUUAUGGCCUGGAAAAAUAUUGGGCGUUCCAUCAUUACCGCGAAGCACGUGACCGCAGGGAACCCUUGAAAAAGAACCCGGAGUUGGAGCGGCUUCUUAGAGAGGAGUUUCGUAGUUUAGAUGACUUUCAACGUGCCAAAGAGAAGCAUGAGGUGAAGGAUGACAAUCUGCCAUUGGUAGUGACGCACGCCCCUAUAGCGGCUUGAUUAUAUGAGUGCCAAUCCAAUUUUGAGAAUCUUUGUCUAACGUCAUAGAUGAAAAGAGUCUUGGCUCGCAACCGCAGAUUCAUUCUCUACUGAGAGAGGCGUCUAUGGAUUUUGCAAGAUUAAAGAGGCAUCUGUGCAUUGGAUUUGACUCCUUUUUUGUGGAGUAAUUUGUACAUAUAGGGAGAAUUGACUCAAAAAAAUUGUUUCCAACUUUUGGAUGGAGGAAAAAAAGAAAUAAAAAAGAUAAUCAAUUGACUCAAGGAAAAUUGUUUACAACUUUUGUUAA